GGCAGUGACGUAAUGGAGUGGGCGGGGCCUGUCGUGAAGCGGAGUCAGCCCGGAGACACCGGCGGCUGUCAUCCCUGUGCUGCUGAGAGUGAAGAUGGCAGGGACUAAAUCUUACACUAUCGUGGAGUAUUUCGGCGGGGAUGACGGGUACCGCUGCGGGUACUGUAAGAACCAAACGGGGAACUUUUCCCACGGUGAGUGAGCGCGCGAAAACACGAAGAAACGGCGCGAAGAAGCCUUAGUUCGUGACCUAGCUUAUGCUAGCAGGUUAGCACGGUGUUGAAGUUAGCGUCUCAUUCGUCGCUUCCGAUUCGAGCAAGAAGUGAACCAAAGAUCCAAAAUCACUUUAUCUAGACUCCUUAGACCUGAUUUAUAAUGUUCUAGAAAGACUGUAUCCUCUGAAGACACUAAUUAUAACAAUAAGAAUAGACUUAUUUUAUAGUUUAGUUCAGAUGAGAGCACAGAAGACUCGGUUUCACUUAGAAAGUAACUGUUAAACUGACUUGGUUUAGUUUAAAGCUAAUGUGAGGGUUUUUCAGCUUGUUAAUUUUGGCGCCUUUGUUCUGUGGAAAUAUACGUUAAUGUUGAUAUUAGAGUUAAGAUAAAAGUUUGACAGCUAAAAUCCUCUCUGACUGUGAAUAAAUCUACAUGUACCCUCUCUUACACCAGCUCCAGACUUUACACAUUAACACAGAAACAUGUAAUUUUCCUCUUUGCUGGUCUUGUUCGUGUGUUUCUGUCGUUCAAACGCUUCAGUAUGAAUUUUAACAUGUUUAAUAACACGUUUCACAGCAGCUUUAACCGUCUUUAUGAGGACCGGAGCUUAAGAGACGAACCUGACACUGACUUCAUCUCCGUCUGUAACAGUUUUAAAGGAGGAACAGAUCUUAAAUAUUUACUCUUUAAUAUUCAUGUCAUUAAACCAAACAGGUUUAAUUUGACGGUGCAGCAGUAAAGUGCACUUUGGUCUGUUAUUAGACAGCGUCAGUCUGAGGUUAUUUAAGGCUGGUGUGAGGUAAUGAUUAACUCUGUUUGUAGCUGUUAGCUUCCUUUAGCCUGAGGUCUUCAGUAGAGAGGAGAAACUCUGACUUUAAAUCAGUUAAAAGACUUUAAAUCCUCAUCUAAGAUCAAGUUUGAUCUAUUCUGGUGUGUUUACAUAAAAACUGACAUAUAAGCUCUGCGUUACACUGGUUAUUUCAUAUAAUGCUAGCAUGGUUAGCUAAAAGCAGAGGGUCAGUUAUAAAGGAUUAUUAAAAAAGACACAAGUUUAGACAUCUUAAAACAGACUUUUACACUAUUUUAGACGGUUUUACACACUUUAAAGAGUUUUACACAGUUUAAAGAGCUUAACACUGUUAUCACAAUUUUAGGUAGUUUUACAGAGUUUUAAAGUUUACACAGUUUUAGACUAUUUGACACAGUUUUAAGAGUUUUACACCAAUGGCACAAUUUUAGACAGUUUUACACAGUUUACAGAAUUUUAGACAAUUUAAAAAGUAUUACAGAGUUUACACAAUUUUAGAGUUUAAAGAGUUUUACACUGUUAGGACAAUUUUACACAUUUUUACACAGUUAAACAGAGUUUACACUGUUUAUCAGAGUUUACACAAUUUUAGAGAGUUUUACAUAGUUUUAGAUGGUUAUAGACAGUUUUACAGAUUUUUUACAAUUUUACACAAUUUACAGUUUUUUUUUUUUUUUUUUUUACAGUUAUAAACAAUUUUAGACAGUUUAACAGAGUUUACACUGUUUAAAGAGUUUUACAAUGUUAGGACAAUUGAAGACAGUUUUACAGUUUACACAAUUUAAAACAGUUUUACACAGUUUUUACUGGACCAAAUAGAACCAGAGUGAUUGGAUGGAGGUUCCCUCAGGUUUACAGCUGUCUGUCUGUGUAUGUGUUUGUCUGUGUUUGUGUCUGUGUUUGUUUACAGCUGAUAACCGGUUCUGUGUGUUGACUCAGGGUCUGAAAACUGAGAUUGAAGCUCUUUCCAGAAUCUGUUUUAUCCUGUUGGUUUGAUCCUGAACCCAGUCAGGGUUCAGUUUAGGACUGGGCGAUAAUAUAAUCGUGAUUAAUGAUCGUGAUAGCAUUGAUCGUGACAGUGAUCAGCUGUGAGCUUAUGCGUCACAACAGCCAAUCAGAGUCGAGCUUUUCCUGCUCACUUCUGUAAAUUACCGGAGAAGAAAACAGGAAGUAAACAGAAUGACCGAGCGUGAAACUAAACCUCACGACUUUGAGUCAUCCUCCAAAGACGCCGUUGUUGAGAAUAAAAGUUAUUCAGUGCCGGUUGUGUUGCGGUGGUUCAGGUAUCUCCAAAGUGAGGAUGUGUAAGGUAUGUCAGCGAUCAGUGCCCUUAAAAGCCGGCAGCACAACAGAUCUGUUUAAUUACUGGAAGAAGUUCUUCCUGAGUGAUUAUGAGGAAAACAUGAACAUGAAAACAUAUUUAUCAAGUUAAUAAGCUUACAACUGAUCACCGUGAUCAAACUGAAAUUGAUCACAAUCAUCGAUCACAAUCAUAUAAUCACCCAGUCCUAGUUUUUAGUACAGAUGCUUUAAAACUUUCAGUUUAAUAAAAUCGUGAUAAUAUUCGAGAUCGGACGAUACGACAAAAUAUAUCAUGAUCUUUUUUUUUUGACAAUUUGCCCAGUCCGAGUUCAGUCUGUCACAUUUUCGUGGUCGUGGUCGUGGUCGCUGUGAUGACAUCAUUUCCUGUGAAGGAUGAAUCCUGAAGCUCUGAUAUAAUCAGAGGGAUUUCCCAGCAUGCUUAGAGAAGGGGUGGUGUGUUUACUGUCUGCUGUGUGUCAGGACAGGUGGUGCUGCCUCAGGUGAACCUGAUCCCUGAAGAGUUCAGACCCUCCUGCUGGUCUUGACCAAGUCGGUCCAUCAGGAUCUGUUUGUUCUGUGGUCUUCAGGUCUAAUAAAAACCUGGUCUGGAACAGGAGGGAAAGUCCUCGUGGUGAGUCUUUGACGGUCCAGCUUAGUCUGCUGUGAGGUUCUUGGAGAGAGUCCUGAGAUCCCAGACCUGCUGAGAGUUCAGGUCAGGUGACCCGGGUCACUGGGACGUUGAUGAGUUCAGACUUUGGUUCAGAGCUAAAAAAAGGUCCUCCAGGAAGACGGGGAAGGAUUUCCUGUGAGGGACAGGAGGUGAGCCGGGUCAGACAGGUGGACUAUAAUUAGGCUUUAGAUCUGAACCAGGGAGAGGAGAGAGUCCAGGAGAGGAGGACCUGAUGGACUGAGAGGAGGACCUGCUGGACCGGUCUGAGAACAACAGGAGAGUUCCUGUGGGAGAAAUGGACUCUGCUCCUCCUCCUCCUCCUCCUCUUCCUCCUCCUCCUGUGUUUGUUUCCUUCUCAGCACGUGUUCUUCGGUCUAGUAUUGUCUCCUCUGAUUGGUGCAUUCAUGUUCUCACCAUGUUUUCAAUAUCAAGUCAACAACACCCCCCCUCAUGUAUCUGUACCACUUCAGGUGUGUUUGAUCAGAGAAGGUCUCAACAGUGUGACCGUUUCACUGCGACUAAAAAUAGAUGUGUGUAGAAUUGUCAAAUGUAUUUAGGGUCACAUGUGUUCAUAGAAAAAAUCAACAAAUGUUUUUUUUCCUGUAAAUACGGCGGUGAAGUUAGUUUUAGGUUGGAUAUAUUUUCCUGUAAAUAUGGCGGUGAAGUUAGUUUUAGGUUGGAUAUAUUUUCCUGUAAAUACGGCGGUGAAGUUAGUUUCAGGUUGGAUAUAUUUUCCUGUAAAUAUGGCGGUGAAGUUAGUUUCAGGUUGGAUAUAUUCUCCUGUAAAUACAGCGGUGAAGUUAGUUUUAGGUUGGAUAUUUUUUCCUGUAAAUACGGUGAAGUUAGUUUCAGGUUGGAUAUAUUUUCCUGUAAAUACGGCGGUGAAGUUAGUUUUAGGUUGGAUAUAUUUUCCUGUAAAUACGGCGGUGAAGUUAGUUUCAGGUUGGAUAUAUUCUCCUGUAAAUACGGCGGUGAAGUUAGUUUCAGGUUGGAUAUAUUUUCCUGUAAAUACGGCGGUGAAGUUAGUUUCAGGUUGGAUAUAUUCUCCUGUAAAUACGGCGGUGAAGUUAGUUUCAGGUUGGAUAUAUUCUCCUGUAAAUACGGCGGUGAAGUUAGUUUCAGGUUGGAUAUAUUCUCCUGUAAAUACGGCGGUGAAGUUAGUUUUAGGUUGGAUAUAUUUUACUGUAAAUACGGCGGUGAAGUUAGUUUCAGGUUGGAUAUAUUCUCCUGUAAAUACAGCGGUGAAGUUAGUUUCAGGUUGGAUAUAUUCUCCUGUAAAUACGGCGGUGAAGUUAGUUUCAGGUUGGAUAUAUUUCCCUGUAAAUGCGGCGGUGAAGUUAGUUUCAGGUUGGAUAUAUUUUCCUGUAAAUACGGCGGUGAAGUUAGUUUCAGGUUGGAUAUAUUUUCCUGUAAAUACGGCGGUGAAGUUAGUUUCAGGUUGGAUAUAUUUCCCUGUAAAUGCGGCGGUGAAGUUAGUUUCAGGUUGGAUAUAUUUUCCUGUAAAUACGGCGGUGAAGUUAGUUUUAGGUUGGAUAUAUUUUCCUGUAAAUACGGCGGUGAAGUUAGUUUCAGGUUGGAUAUCUGACGGACAUUCUCUGAGGAUCUACCGGUGUCUUCUCUCUCUCCAUAACCAGGAAUAACAACAGCAGCGCGGUUAAAUCUACUCGACACCCUCACUGUCAACGUUGGUGUUGAAUAAGGGACCGUCAAUAAAUUACCGGUUGAUGUUCUCAGAAAAGGCUGUUUUCCUUCAAUAGCUUCACUGUCAUGUGACCAAAAGACCUAAAAUUGAUUUCUAAUAAUAGCACUAAGGUCGAUCAAUAAGACAAACAUUAUUGAUCAGUUUUCAUUGAUCCCCCAAAGUUCUUUGUGCUCCGUACUUCUUUAACUCAGGAGAACAAAGUUAGUGAAGACAUUAAACUUCACUCACAAACUUUGUCGUCGUUGUUGUUGUGAACCGUAGAGCAGAGAAUUCCCUCGGCUGUUUGGACGUAAACUGAGAGCUCUCCUCUCACAGUGUGUGUGUGUGUGUGUGUGUGUGUGUGUGUGUGUGUGUGUGUGUGUGUGUGUGUGUGUGUGAACUGUAUAUAGUGUCAGAGGAGAAGGUCAGGAGUUGAACGUUGGAGCUCAGAUGGUUCAGAGGAGGAGAAUGAAGCAGUGAGUUAGAAACAUGAGCAGACCCCAGAGGAAGGUCUCUGUCCUGGUCUCUGUCCUGGUCUCUGUCCUGGUGUCUGUCCUGGUCUCUGUCCUGGUCUCUGUGGGGUUCUCACAGGUCCAGGGCUCUUCAGGACCUUCAGUUCUGAUGGAGAUGCUUUAUAGAAGUCAUGAAUCCUGAUCCCGUUCCUUUUGUCUCCUGCAGGGAUGUGGUCUCACACCAUGACUGUGCAGGACUACCAGGACCUGAUAGACCGAGGAUGGAGGAGGUAAGCGGGUCAGGUCUGAGUGACUCACUUUGACUGAUCAGAUCUUUGGUUGGAGGUUCUGUGAUGGUCUUUCUUUUUCAGAAGUGGGAAGUACGUCUACAAGCCCAUCAUGAACAAAACCUGCUGUCCUCAGUACACCAUCAGGUAAUCUGGUCUGAGUCCAGUCCUCAGGGUCCUCAGGGUCCUCAGUCUAGUGUUCCUCAUGUUUCUGUGACUGAACCUGGUCCUGGUCUCCUCACAGAUGUCACGCCCUCAAGUUCCAGCCUUCCAAAUCCCACAAGAAGAUCCUGAAGAAGAUUAACAAGUUCAUCUCGAAAGGAGAGCUGCCCAGAGAACCGGACCAGGGUGAGACAGAGACCUGAGGGGGGUCUGUGUGUGUGUGUGUGUGUGUGUGUGUGUGUGUGUGUGUGUGUGUGUGUGUGUGUGUGUGUGUGUGUGUGUGUGUGUGUGUUCUGACCUCUGCUGUGUUCCUCUGCUGCAGGUGAGCCGAUGGACUCUGUGUGUGAAGAAGCCGGCCCCCGGGGGCCCAGUAGACCCUCAGAGCUGAAGUGUCCUGCUGUCUCUGAGCUGCAGACGGAACCAGCAGAGAGUUCUGACAUCCCUGAGGCCCAGAAGGAGGUCCCAGAGGCUGGACCGACCGGUUCUGACACAUCCAGGACGGAUCCAGAGUCUGGACCUGAGAGGAGGAUGAUGACCUCAGCUCCUAAACCAGGUGAGACACCGAACCUGGACCUCGGUUCUGGAGCUCUGUCACCACCCAGGGUUUUUAGGUGUGUUCGGGGUUCUGUUUUAGACCUGAAUUAGUUCUGCUGAAUAAUCCCGGGUCUGACUGACCGAGUCUUGAAGCUUCGGGGUCCAGUGGAGGAUCUGAGCACAGGUCUGGUCGGAGACUGUUGGAGCGGGUCGAUACUCUGGACUCUGCAGACUUUGGUUCUGUUUGUCAGCAGCUGAUCAUCUCCAGGUCAGGGUGAUACCAGGGACCUCAGUCAGCUGAGGGUUCUGGACCCUGUUGGACCCUGUGGGACCCUGUGGGACCCGCUGCUCUGUAAAAAGAGUGAAUGAGUUCAUCCUGACCUGGUUUCAUCCACACUGAUCUGAGGGUUUCUCUGAGUCCUGCUGUCCAGGGUAGAGACCUGUUGGUACGCCGCUGUAGUACCGUUUCUGUCCAGCGUGUGUCACUGUUGACCGGGUCACAGACUCUGCUGUGUUCUCAGCUCCUCUCUGUUUCUGCUGAGGAGGGUCUGUUCGAGCUCAUCUGUCAUUUUGUCCAGAACAGGAAGUUCUCACAGCCAGCUCACAUGAAUGAUAAACACACACACACACACACACACACACUCACACACACACACACAGUGAGGAGGAGAUAACAGACGUCUGAUCCAAACAGGAAACAGCUCAAGGUCCGACCAAUCAGUGAACUUUAUCAAUCAUUGUUUAUAUUUACUGUCAGGAUCCGUCCUCCUCAGCCCAGAUGGUUUCUGAAGAAACUAUGAAGGUCCAUGAAGCUGCAGACACAAACACAGAGUCCAGCUUUUCCAGGCCUCUCCAGGAUUUUCCAGGCUGUAAGCAGAGAGGAAGUGAGGAGGGUUUAAAGUGUCUUCCUCCCCCUCAUUCACCUCCAACAGAAAACACCUGGACAUGUUUCUCCUCCAGCUUUAUGACUGCAGAGCUUCAGAGCUUUGGGCCGACUCCAGGUCCAGGUUUAGAAAGCCCGGCUCCACAUCUCCAGGACAGAUCCUGAGAGGUUACCAGGAGGACAGGAGGAUCUAAAACCUUCAUGGAUGUUCUCAUGUCCCAGUUUGAAAUGAUGGGAUUUACUGCAGGAGCUCUGGAGAAACAUCUGAGCUCCUCUGAAAGGACCUUCAUUAGAGGAGCACCAUCACACCUGUGAGGCCCAGUUCUGAUCCACACCUGGACCUGGUUUUUAGACGUCAUUUCACCCCGAUGACACCAUGGAUGAGGAGAUGCUGAUUCUAGAAGUCUAGAAGUAGAUUUCCUCCUCUGGAAGGACACAAUCUACUGCUUAUAUGUCUAUGUGUCUGUCUUUAGAGAGACAACUGGUUAUCGUGAGAUUGAACGUGAAUCUGAGGGUUCUUGUGAGUUCUUGCGAUUCCUGCUGUCCGUAAUCCAACAUGAAAUUUGCCUCACAGACGGAUCCGGUAGGAAUUGGCGGACGGCGAAAAUCACAGCCGUUCCAGAUCAGAGCCGUUCUGGAUGCUGUGAAAAUUUGGGGUCACUAGAUACAAAUACAGAGACUGUCACCCAAAACAGAGUGACUCUAACAAAGAGGGAAAGGAGGAGAGGUUCAUAAAUCUGAGGGGGUGUCGUGAUGGUGGGAGAGAGCAGGGACACACACUUCAGCGUGUGUGUGUGUGUGUGUGUGUGUGUUUGGAGACUGCCGUCGCCUUUAUGAAGUGCUAACUGCCUGACUGGAAGAGUGUGUCGUCCACAGGAACUGAUCUGUCAGACGAGAUCUCAGCUGUGGCUGCAAGCUCAGUCCUCAGGAGUACCUGUGUGUGUGUGUGUGUGUGUGUGUGUAUGUGUGUGUGUGUGUGUGUGUGUGUGUGUGUGUGAGACAGGUUACUGUGUCUCUGCUUCAGUGGGUGUGAUGAACAGGCUGCAGACUCUGGUUCUGUAGACUCUGAGCGCUCACAUGCUCCAUAGAGAGUUUCUUUAUUUCUUUAUUUUAUUUUUAUCAGGCAGAAACAAACAAGAUAAAUCUAAUCAUAAUUAUACAUGUGAGUCAAACAAACAUGUCCAAUCAGACUAACAUCUUCUCCAGUCUGUUACCUGGUGAGUCGGGUUGGAACCACUUCCUUGUUACCGUCUUCUUCGCUCCGAUCAUCAUAUCUUCAUUAGAGAUUUGUCUGCUCUCACUGGAGUACACGAUGGUACUGAAAUACAUGAAGCUGACACUAAAUAGUCAUUUAAAUUCCAGACAAUCGUGAAGAUCACGCCAAUAAGACAAAAGUUUCAGACAAUCCCAAAAUAAAUGAUCAUGGUCAGCUGAAUCUAGAUCUGAACCACGUCCUCCAACAACUUGAUGUUUCCUCUGAGUCGGUGUUUUAAAAAAAUGACGUUUUUCCAUCUGAAUUCCCACCAGCUCUGUGAAUUUGUAGUUUUCCGCUGUAAUUUUUAGAUAUCUUCCUCCAUAAAGCGUUUCAUGUUGAAUCUGGAGGAGGUUCUCCUCACAGGUUCUCCUCAGAGGUUCUCCUCACAGGUUCUCCUCAGAGAUCAGUUCCUGACACGGUCCAGCAGACAGGAGCAGGUCUGUUUUCAGAUGAAGUCCUGAUGAGUCCGUCAUACUGAGCUCAUCCUCAGGAGGAUUUACUUCUUUAUUAAUGUUGGAGAUUUUGAGGAGAUCAGGAUCUGAGUGACAGAGGUCUGGAGUCUAGUGAAGGUCUGGGUCCUGAAGAAUCCGGUCCUGCAGGUUUUUGGAUCAAGUCUGAACUAAGACUGUGAACAAACUCACGAAACAGAAGAAGUCAGCUGCAGCUGAAGGCUGCCAGUGACCCCCCCCCCCCCCCCCCCAGAAUGACGUAAAGUGAAGAAAGCGAGCUGACGGCGGCGGCGGUUGGCAGCAGGACAAGCAGGAAAUGGUUCUCGUUUCCUUAUUGCUCCAAACAGGAUGUGGGCGUGUAAACUGUUGACAUGGGAUGAUGCCCGGAGAGCUGCAGGGCUUGGCAGGAGCUCAGGGGGAGGAAAAGGGGGAGAAGGAGGAGAAGGAGGAGGGGGGAGCAGGGAUUCAGCGGCCUCAGAGCGAGGAGGGGGGGGGGGGUCUGUAGAGGAAGUGUAGGAGUGUGUUUGUGCUCUGUGAGUUAUAACUUCAGAUAUGUCGUGCAGAGCUGCUCUCACAAAUCCCCUCAGCCAAAGAGCACCUGGAAACAUCCUGGAAACAUCCUGGAAACCCCAAAACUCUCAUUUUUCGAGCCUGGAAGAGUCCCAGAUCCUCUAUGGUCUUUAGAGUCCGAGUGUUUCAGGUGUUUUCAGCUGCUCGACAUAAUUUACAGUCCACAUUACUCUGCUUCAUGUCCGACCUCCAAAAACCAAAAUACCUCCACACCACCGACGUUUUCCUAACGCCAGUGUUGUGGUUGACAUUGAUGUGGUCAUCUGUUGAGCCUUCAUGGUCAUUUCUGUCGGGGGUAGCACUCAUUUUCUUUGUUUCUCACCAACAGUGCUGUCGGCUUCACCUGUUAAAGUGCUAUGGUUGGGUGGAGCUGCUGUCUGCUACGACGCUGCAGUUGGUUGAUACUUGGUUCUAAUUCAGAACAUGAUUGGUUCAGACCCGGAGAAACUCCCCUUUUCAUUGGCUGUUCGUAUAGUCGACCAAAACAUGGCGGAAUGACGACUAUUGAAAAGGAUAUUGAUCAUGUUUAUAUUGAUAUUGAGGGAAAUUGAUCUUUUAUAUCGUUAUCGUUUUAUCGCCCUAACUCCGUCUUAUUUGGAGGGUUUGAGACUGUCCUGUGUUUUUGUGUUUGCCUUUCUGGACCACAUGUCCCUGCAGAGUUACCGUAGUCUGCUGUAAAACCCAGAACUCUCGGCUGACCUCCAGACCUCACCUCUGUGGACCUGAGGUGAGGUCUGAGCCGUGCUGUGACCACGUGAGGAGGACAGAGAGUCAAAGAUGAACGUCUGACAGCUUUAUGGUCAUUAUGCUGCUGCUCUCUCUCUCUCUCUCUAUCUCUCUCUCUCUCUCCCUCUCUCUUUCUCUCUCUCUCUCUCUCUCUCUCUCCCUCUCUCUUUCUCUCUCUCUCUCUCUCUCUCUCUCUCUCUCUCUCUCUCUCUAUCUCUCUCCCUCCUUCUCUCCCUCCUUCCUCCAUGAUCUGCUCCUCAGCCCUCAGACGUGUGACUCCUUCUUGUCUCCGUCUCUCCUCUGUCUUCAGGAGUCGGAGCGGACGCCAGCAGGCCGCCAUGUCGUAAAGCCAAAGAGCUGAGGAAGGAGCGCCGCCUUCAGAAGGAGCAGAUGAGACAACGCAACGAUGGCGCCUCCCCCAUCGUCUCCCCCACACCCUCUGACCCUCCCCAGACCAACCAGCCCAAACCUCUGGAGGACUUCAUCAGCGAGUCUUUGCCUGAGAACUCCUCUCAUAACCUGGAGGUGAGCAGAACCUCCAUGUCCUCUGGGCGUGUUGUGAUGAAGUGGGCGGAGCUUCUUGUCCAUGGCGUUUAGAUUCAGCCCUCUUUCAGUGACUUCACCAUGAGUUUAUAGAAGACCCUCACGGGGUCACGUCACAUGAAACCACAGCCCCAGCUCUGCAGGGAGGAGGGUGGAGGGUUCAUCAUCUCUGAGGUUCACCAAAAAACAAACACCCUCAGACUCACACAGCUCCACAUCAGCAACGAGUCAAACUCAAACAUCAGCUAAAGCAGCGACACACAGACAGUUUUCAGCACAGAUUUAAAAACACUCAGAGACACUCAGAGAUUCUGUCGUUAAAGUUCAAUCUGCAAAACGAGCAGAAAACGUCCGUUUGACCUUUGAGUCUAAGUCAGAGCGGUGAGUAAUAAAUCUAUAGUUGGUGAUAAAUCUCCGAGCUCCAUGAUAAACUCUGUCCAACAUCUGUCGACUCUGAGCAGAAACAUUAGGUCACGCGGUCUCUCACAGCUUCAGGGUUUUUGUUGCUCCUGGAUGAUAAUUUUAAUCUGUUUCUGCAGAUUUAAACUGUUUUUCUAAAAUAUUUCACAUUUUAUUUCAUCUCUGUUUUUGGUAAAAUAAAGACGUCAACAUUUUCCACAGCGUCCUAACUCUUCCUCUGUGUCUGGUUUAUCAGUUAGAAAUGUUCUGUUUCAUUCAGCUGUAGUUCCAUCAGCCUCCACCAGGGGUCAGUGUAAGAUCAGGAUUGAGAGCCCCUUCAGAGCCGUUUUAAAACAAACUCUUUUUCUUCAUUUUCUAUUGAUUGGUUAUAAAACUGAACCUUUCUAAAGAUUUAAAACGGUUCAUGCUGUGUUAUUUUGUCUUUGGUUUGAGAAAGUUUCUGUGGACCUGGUCUUCUGUAGACCUGGUCUUCUGUAGUCCUGAUCUUCUUUUUAUUAAAGAGCCGCUGCUGCUUUAUUAACACAGGAGUCUUAAAGGGUUGGCGUAUCAGACUUUAUGAUGUUCUGAGGUUUUUUAAAACCCUCUUCUCCUCCUCUGCUGUGUCGGUUCACUGACAUGAUUCUAGUCUGUCUCCUUAUGUCUGUAGACUGAGACUAAAAACAGUCAAUCCUAAGAAAACCUAAGAGCGCCCGACCCACGCUCUAACAUACAGAUACUCUUAAAUACAAACAGACAUAUAAAUACACAGUUACUGAGUCAUACUGCUGACUCUCUUCCAGCAGACGCUUGUUUGUAGAGACCUCAGACCAGUCCAUUACGGACUACAGCGGGGUGCCGCAGCUCAAGGAAGAACAUUUAUGAUCAUUUCUUUAUCAUUUCCUUGAAGUAAUAAUCAUCAUAUUUAUCAUAUUACACACGCGGUAGUUCUUCUGUCUCAGCGUCUCGGUCUGAUUGUAUUUCCAUGAAGAAAUGAUCAUAAAUGUUCUUCCUUGAGCUGCGGCACCCCGCUGUAGUCUGUAAUGUUAUGGCCUGAGGUCUCACUACAAACAAGUGUCUGACAUUAUCUACAACUAAUCAAUGAGUUUAUGAGUUUGAGGGCUGUGGUACCACGGACCAUUUACAACCUGGAACAACAUCUGGAUUUAAGGAUCUACUCACAUACACGUUUAUAUAUGUGUUUAUAUGUACAUAUAUAUAUAUGUAUAUGUAUAUAUAUAUAUAUAUAUGUACAUAUAUAAAGAUCCUUAAAUCCAGACUGGUUUUGUGUUGAAUCCGACUCUGAGUUCAAACCUUCAUGACAUGGUGAAUCUCUGGAUUUGGGCUUAAAAACCUGAAAUCUUUGGUAAAAAUGAAGAUUUCUGAGUUUCUAACAGUCAGUCAGUGUUUUUUUAUUGUUCGUGUGAAGCUGAUGUUUCUGUUUGGAGUCGUCUCACAGUCAGUGUUGUUGGUUUUGUGUUUGAUUGUUCAUGUGAAGCUGAUGUUUCUGUGUUCAUGCUGCAGACUGACUGAACCCCCCCUCUGAGUCCAACUCUGGUUCCUCAUUCAGCUUCAGAGAAAAUCUACUUUAUUAUCAAACCGUCAAAAGUUUAAAAUCCAGACCUGAUAAAGACCAUCAGAGGGUGUGUUUGUGUCUCUCUCACCUCCUCUCUCGUUUCUCCCUCUCUCCUCCUCUGUGUCUUCACCUCCUCUCUCUCCUCCUCCCCCCUCUCUCCUCCUCCUCUCACAUUAACCUUUUUUUCUGCACCUCCUCUCUUGAAGGUGAGGCUAGUGCGCUCCAACCCCCCUAGCCCGCAGUUCAAAGCCUCCUUUGACGCCUCCUACCAGGUGUACAAACUCUACCAGAUGGCCGUUCACAAGGAUCCUCCAGACAAACCCAGCGAGAGCCAGGUCAGAGGGUGGGGCGGGGGGUGUAGGUCCACCUGCUCAGAGGGACCCGGGUUCGAGGGUGGGGGGUGUAGGUCCACCUGCUCAGAGGGACCCGGGUUAGAGGGUGGGGCGGGGGGUGUAGGUCCACCUGCUCAGAGGGACCCGGGUUAGAGGGCGGGGGGUGUAGGUCCACCUGCUCAGAGGGACCCGGGUUAGAGGGCGGGGUUGGAUGAGUCCUGGUUCCUGUGGGGGUGUCAGUACCUGCCUUCACAAACACUGAGAACCUCAGGAGGAGGUUCCUCAGUGGUUCUCCUCCCUCUCUCCUACAUUUUGUAGUUCUGAUGUCAUCUUUAUUGAUCAGAUCAAACAUUGAUCGACUUGUCCUCCAAUCAUCGUGAUCAGCUGAUCAAACUUCUGAUCUUCAGAUCUGGUUAGAAGUUUCUUUCCUGUGGACUUCAUCUGGUUUUUACUUCGUACCCUCAUCCUUCAGAGUCGCUGUCAGUUCCUCUGAAGACCUCCUCACAGUAGGAGGUUCCUCUGUGGUUCUCCUCACAGUAGGAGGUUCCUCUGUGGUUCUCCUCACAGUAGGAGGUUCCUCUGUGGUUCUCCUCACAGUAGAAGCUCUCUGAAGACCUCCUCACAGUAGGAGGUUCCUCUGUGGUUCUCCUCACAGUAGGAGGUUCCUCUGUGGUUCUCCUCACAGUAGGAGGUUCCUCUGUGGUUCUCCUCACAGUAGGAGGUUCCUCUGUGGUUCUCCUCACAGUAGAAGCUCUCUGAAGACCUCCUCACAGUAGGAGGUUCCUCUGUGGUUCUCCUCACAGUAGGAGGUUCCUCUGUGGUUCUCCUCACAGUAGGAGCUCUCUAAAGACCUCCACACAGUAGAAGGUCUAAGGUUAAGGUUUUUCAGGGUGGUCUUCUAAGGUUCUGUGAACCCCGCCUGGUCCGUUGGUCCUCGCUCCUCUGAGUAAAUCUCCUUUUUCUUCUUCUGUGUUUUUCGUUCCUCUGAAGUUCUGCUGUAGUUUGUGUUUUCUCUGAGGUGCAGUGAAGUUUCUGCAGAGUUCUUCUGUUUCUGGGCCCUUCAUACGGUCUCAGGUUUAAGCUUGUGUGGGAGCAGAGCAGCAGCAGGAGGAGGAACAUGUGGGUUUGAAGGGGGAAAAAGUGAGAGGAGGUGUUGUUGUGAAGGAGCAGAGGAGGAGGGAGAGGAAAUGGAGGGGAAAUGUUUCCAUCCUCCGUGGUCGAGAGGCUGAGAGACGUGGUGUUUCUCCAGGUGUGCGGUUGGCCCUCAGUCUGGAGCUGUGUUCACAUGUUUACCUCACCUGUGCCCCCCCCUCAGACCCCGGUCAGGGUGGUUUUCUCGUCUGAAGUGAGUCCUCCUUAGAGCGGUCUGUUAGUGUCUGAUCAGGUCCCGGUCUCAGGUCCGAGUCUCUCCUCUGAAGACGGUGCACUAGCCUCAUCUUCAGCUCAUGUGUGUGUGUUUCACGUCCACGCUCUCUCAGUCUCCCAGAGUCUCCUGGUUUCCUCGUUUUUUCUUGUGCAACAAUCUGAUAAAAGCUCUGAAUCAAUCUGCAAACUGAAAACAGACGAGCUGCUUUAGCUGCAUGAAGCCCCGAGGAGGAGGACUGGGAGACUGAAGUGAACCCUGACAUGCCAGAGCUCUUGUAUAACGCUGUUUACAACUUCUGUUGUUGGAUCUCUUUACUCCUGCUCAGAACCACUCCUCCUCCUCCUUCUCCUCUUUCCCUCUUCUUCCCUUUUUCCUUCUCUUCCUCUUCUUCUCCUCUUUUUCCUCCUCCUCCUUCUCCUCCUUCUUUUCUCUAAGCUCCUCUGACUCCUCAGCUUCCUUGUAUUAAUUGUCAUCCCCAAUAACCCCCCCCCUCCACACCUGUGCUUGAAGGUGAGGCUAGUGCCAGUCAGCUUUGAGGACCCCCGCUUCACGGAGUCCUAUGAGCAGUCGGCGGCGCUGUACGCCAUCUACCAGAUGGCGGUUCAUGGCGAUGACCCCAGCGAGUGUAGUGAGAGCGAGGUACUGCAUGAUUAUUAUUCUGCACUUCCUGUAGGGCUGAACUGCACUGAUGUCAAAUGAUUUAACCUGGUUUAAUCUGAUUAUAUCUGAUUUACUCUCAUUUAAUCUGAUUAUAUCUGAUUUAACCUGGUUUAAUCUGAUUAUAUCUGAUUUACUCUCAUUUAAUCUUUGAUCUGAUUUUAUUUUUAAUCUGAUUUUAUCUGAUUCAACAUAAUUUUAUCUUUAUUUUUAUUUUGUCUGAUUUGAUCUGAUUGUUUCUUUAAUUUGAUAUUAUCUGGUUUUAUCUUCAAUCGGAUUUUAUCAAAUUAAUCUGAUUUAAUUUUAAUUUAUCUUUAAUCUGAUUUUAUCUGAUUUUAUAUUUUAUCUGUUUGAAUCUGAUUUUACCUGAUUUUAUCAUAUUUUAUUUAAUUUUAUCUGAUUUAUCUUUAAUCUAAUUUUAUUUUUAAUCUGAUUUAUUCUGAUUUUAUAUUUUAUCUGUUUGAAUCUGAUUUUACCUGAUUUUAUCAUAUUUUAUUUAAUUUUAUCUGAUUUAUCUUUAAUCUAAUUUUAUUUUUAAUCUGAUUUAUUCUGAUUUUAUAUUACUUUAUCCCUAAUCUGAUUUUAUCUUAUUUUAUCUGAUUUUAUCUUAAAUCAGAUUUUUUUCUCUCAUCUGAUUUGAUCUAAUUUUAACAGAAUAAUUAAAGUAAAAACAUCAAGAACAAGCACAUCUCUCUCUCUUUUCUCACCUCUUUUUUUAAACUUACUGAAAACUCCUGAAGCUCCUCUGAGAGGAGAAACUCUUACAGUCGUCUUCUCAGUUUCCUUUUUGUAAAUAAAUGAACAUUUUAAACUCGUUCAGCUGAAGUCAAAGUCCAACAGUCUUCAGUAGAAAUGAUGUUGGUCCAGUUCAGACCCUGAAGAAAAAACACUGUCCUGUGGUUUCUGGAGAUCAUGGACUCUUCCUCCUCCUCCUCCUCUGGAGUAGAGGAACCACUCGUCUCAUUUUCUGCUCGGCGCUCUUCUUUGAUUCGCUCUCAGAGACAUACUUCGCACUCUUUCUUCUCUGGAGCAGUAGUUGGUCCUGUGUGGAUCCUCUAAUGGAUCAGAUGUUUCCUCUAACUUCAGGAGGAGUUUCUGCUGCGGUGGAGGAGGUGGAGGAGGAGGAGGAGGAGGAGGUCUGUCCUCCGCUAAUGAAAGAGGGAAAAUCAGAUUUCUGAGUCCGAUCUGAACUCAGUAAAUAAAAAUGUUUCUCACUUCAUAGAGGAAUAAAACCAGGAACCAGAGCUCCUGGAUAUUCUCACUUACCUGAGAGACUCUUUUGUCCCCCAGGGCUGGAAAAACCGCCCCCCCCACCCAACCCCCACCCCCCCACAGGCCCAGUAAAUUACUCGGUUCUCCAGCUCGUAAAAGGAAAGUCAUUAAUAAAUAAUAAAAGCUGUCAGAUUGGGCAGACUGUGGCAGAUUCUUUCCUGGUGCCAUAACGCUCGCUCUGCUGAAGUGUGUGUGUGUGUGUGUGUGUGUGUGUGUGUGUGUGUGUGCGUGUGUGUGUGUGUGUGUGUGUGUGUGUGUGUGUGUGUGUGUGUGCGCGCACGCUCAGCCUCAGCUCGGCUUUAUUACUGUACUGGGGUUGGAUGGGUUCGAGGAGCAGAGGAAUAACAUCUAAACAAAAAGGUGUGUGUGUGUGUGUGUGUGUGUGUGUGUGUGUGUGUGUGUGUGUGAGAAAACUUGUGUUGUCUGUUUCCAGAACAUGAACUUCAGACUCAGAACUUUUCCAUGUAGCAGCAGAACCUGAAGGUGGAGCUGAGAGUCCAGACGUUGUUUGGGUUAAACUGUCUCUAAAGUGAGCUCUGUCAUCGUUGUUGUUGUUGUUGGUUCUUCAUCCUCUCACAGAGGAGCAGAGGUUUGUAAAAACACCAUAUUUUACUGAGGAGGGUCUGAGUGAAGGUCAAGUGUUGUUGUAGCUCUGCAGAGGCAGAAAUGGAGACAGCAGAACCAUCGGUGUAGAAGAACUUCAUGAUGAUCCAUGAUCUGAGCUCGCUGUUAGGAUGAGAGACUGAAGGACGCUGGACUGAUGGAGAGAGCUGAACUUCAGUUCUGAAGACCGGAAAUCAAGUUUCUGAUCUCCAGAAGAGUUCAUACUCUGUGGUAUUCAGACAGGAUUUAUACUCUGUAGUACUUAUACUCUGUAGUAUUUCUACUCUGUAGUACAGUGUAGUACUGUGUACAGAGACUCGUCCUGACUCCAGAGCAGGUUCAUGUUUUCACACUUUGAUGGUUUCACCCUCGUACCCUGAGACCUCCUGGUGUCCUCAGCUCUAGUUUUCCCAUCAUCCCUCAGCUCUGUUGUGAUGCGGCGUUUCUGCAGAAAGCGCUCUGAGGUGAUAUUCUCCGCUGCUCCUGAGGAGGAGGAGGAGGAGGAGGAGGAGGAGGAGGAGGUUCUGGUCAUGUAGUAUUUGUAGAGGUUUUUAUGAAUCUAUGAAAGUUUAAUGUCAGGCUGGAGCAGAGCCAGGCGAUAGGAGACAUUAGUGUGUGUGUGUGUGUGUGUGUGUGUGUGUACGUGUGCGUUUGUUUGUGUGCUCCUAUUAGCCAGUACGAGGUCCUGGAGGCAGACGCUCUGUUUGCUUUAGGAUUCAUGCGUUUCCUGUCAUACCAGGACUGGAGGAGAGCCAGACCAGAUCCUUCCACAUCCAAUCAUGGUUUCCUGACAGAGUGAAGCACAUACUUGAACUUAUUUAGACACACGCACACACAGGCAUAUACGUACACACUCGCUCUCACACUUACUGGUCUUAAGUGUUGUGCUGAGCCGUGACUCGGAGUUCCUGCACAUGUGUUUUUUAUUUUCAGGAAAACAAAUCCUCUUAAAUCUGUAUUUACUCGUCUUGAUGGCCAGGACCGAAAACCAAAAUAAGUGCACGGAAAAAACGCCGAGAUGGCAGUAAAAUGUUCGAGUGAGAUGGAAGAAAUGAUCGAGGAGCAAAAUAACUCUUGGCAGCGAGCGCCUCUGCACAAUAAUGACAUUUUCAAUAAAACGCGCUCCUUUGACGUCACGGCGCCGCUUUGUUUUCUGUCCCUCUCUCUGACUCCUCUGUCGCACGAUCUGAAACCGACAACACGCCUAACUUCCGGGUUAGCAUACGGUCCUAUGGAGCCCAUCAAAAUGAAUGGACAGAUAUAUAUAACUACUGGUCCGCUUUGGUAUACGCCGUGGAUUUCACAUAUAAUGUUUAUCAUGUUUAAAUUUACAUUUUAACCUCGAAAAAGCCGUGAUUUUAGACAUGUUGCUAUAACUACAGUUUAAUUUAGAGUGAGACCACGUAAUGAACUACACCGCUCGUCGCACUAUUUUUGCGUCACUGUCUAAGCUUUGACAGACGACGCAUUUCAUGUAAGUCUCACCUGAUUAAUUGAAUCCACCGACUCCUUUUCUUCUUAUCAGCCGGGAAACGGCGAAAGGAACAUCCUGCUGAACUAUUAUGGUGACAUUCUGGCACAAAACACACAGGCAUUUUGGCAAUGAUAACGAGUUGACAGGAGUUGUCAGCUAGCUAGAAGUAGAAAUGCUGACGUGACGUCAUUUACGCGACUUCUUGAGGUCUGUAGUCUCUCCAUUUACGUGUUUUCAAAGACAAAUAGAUCAACAAUUACACAACAAACAUAGCCUUUAUUUACCUUAAUGGUUAUCAUUUAAGUUAAAAUACAACAUAUUUGUGACUCAGGGUGUAAAACAAAGCGGACCAGAAAAUACCAUAGACCUGUCCAUUCACUCCUAUUAUCCCAAUAGGACCUAUAGCGCUAACGCGGAAGUGGGCGUGGCUUCGGUUCCCUAUGGGAGGGUGAAUCGAGGAACCUGAUUGGUCAGAGACUCUGAGCGCAGUGACACAAGCGCUAAGUAGCAAUUAUGCUAAAACAGAUGUGUGUGUGUUUAUAUGAGCUGUGUGUGAGUAAGACAUAACUGCUUCACUGUGUGUGUGUGUGUGUGUGUGUGUGUGUGUGUGUGUGUGUGUGUGUGUGUGUGUGUGUGUGUGUGUGUGUGUGUGUGUGUGUGUCCUCCUAAUCGUACACAGAUGGGUGUUUACUAUAGGAAAGGGAGAGUUAGAGGAAGUGAUGGAGUCCAUGUGUUGUGGAGGAGAACGUUCCAGAAGUUCUUCUGCUCUCAGCUUUGUUUACAUGCAUGUAUGUUCAGUACGACUCGUAUGUUCUGUGUGACAUGUAUGUUCUAAACGACAUGUAUGCUCAGUGUGACAGAGAGGACGCUCAGACUGAUCUGCGUGUUCGUUACCUUCCUGUCUGCACGUCUGAGAGACUCUACCUGUCUGUGAAUUCAUUAGUGUGUGUGUGUGUGUGUGUGUGUGUGUGUGUGUGUGUGUGUGUGUGUGUGUGUGUGUCAGCCUGGCGGGGCCCUCCACUCAGAUGUUUGUCAGCGGUUUAAAAGGAGGCUAAACCCUGCCAGGCUCCAGGAGAGCAGCCUCCUCAUGCCAGGCAGAGUUGACACACAGUGGAAAGCUUCUCUGGGUUUGAUUAUUACCCAGCAGCCCCCUGAUGACACACACACACACACACACAUCCGAACAGACAGGCACUAACGCUGAGAGCUGGGGAUGCAGCGAUAGACGGCUGAAGAUCUGCAGACAUAGGAUGCAGUGAUCACUCAGUACGUUUCCAUGACACUCGAGAAAACUGAAUUUGAGUUUGAGAACUGCGAUUAAGACACCGAGAUAAUGUGACUGGAAUCCGAUUUUCUCUACCAUGUAACCAGCGUAGUCGGAGUAUGAAGCCACGCCCCCGUAACCCCGUAACAAACCCCAGAGUAGAGGAGUAGCGUUGGUCUCCUCUUUAGAAAAAGUAGCGCGUCCAUCAUGUCGGACAAAAACAACGCUGUACGAUGCUCCAUCUUCUUGUUUCUCCAAAAUGCCCAGCAGCAGUUGUAGACACUUCUGACGUCUGACACCGACCUGCUGUUGUUGUUGACGGUUGGAUGGGGUCGGAAACAGCGCCGCUGAAAAGACCCAUAUCGCCCCCUAGUGUUGGGGAGGAGGACACGUUCACGUCAAUAAUUCAGUUUUCUCAGCUGCAUGUAAACGAGGACGAGGAGAGAAGUCUGAUUCAGAGAAAAAGACGAAUUAUGAGUUUAGUCUGAUUAAACUGAGACUGUAAAGGAACUGAGUGAGUUGAAACAGAUAUGAGCUCCUUUCUUAAACAGCAGGGGGCGCUCUCUGUCCCUGACACAGACACCGCUUCAUAGCGCGUAGAGACGAGUGUGACAGGACAUUUCUGUGGCACAGUGUUGGUAGUGUUUCCUAAUAUCUGGACAUCUUCUGGAGGUCACAUGUUUCAACACGGCUCUGAUGUUGUUACCUGCAUCUCCACAAGGGGGCGGUACCAGGAGAGACAGCGUGUGGGGUCCUCGUUUGUCAGUCAUUAUGUCCCUCAAACUUCAGUCCUGACAGAGUGUCCUCUUCUGAAGGACACCUCCACACCUGUGAACAGCCAGAGAGUCCUGGACGGGGAAGGUCCCGCCUCCUUCGACUUUGAUUGGCGUCCUGGACCUUUCCCCAGAAAUGAUCUCAUCGUCGGUGAGCAGCUGUUCUGAAUCAUUUAGUGGGUUUGAAACUGAAGUUUAAUGUGCGCCCUUGAGCAGGAUCACACCUCAGGAGGCAGAGUGGUAGUCAGGGAGGGGAACCAGACUUUACAGUUCUGGGUCCACAGGUGGGAACUUGAUCAGCUGAGAGUUUAACAUCUGCACCCAGAGUCUGAAUUAAAGAGCCGAUAAUCACAGAGCUGGACUGGUUUGAACUCCUCCUGGUACUAAAGUCGACUCGGAGUUUCUGCAUCGACACGUUUGGAAAUCAUGUUUUUGUAUUUGUCAGAGAUUCAUGAAGUGAACAGGAAGUUAAAAAACUUGGGUCACAUGACCUCCAAAGAGGAACCUGGUCCAGGUCCUUCAUUAGUGGUCCACAAAUGAAUGAGGACUACAAGGACAGGAGCAGCUUCAGGAUCACGGAGCGUUAGUAUCUUCCUGUGGUCGUCCUCUCUGUCCUCCUCCUCCUCCUCUUCAUCCUCAUGAGAGGUUCAGUCCAGGUGGAGAAGCUCAGUGAGACCCUCACAGCUCCACACCACCUCUCCACCCUCACCCACGGUUCUUUUGUUUCUGAGGUUUGGACGCUUCCCUCGAUCCUCGUAUUUCAAUGAUUCACUUGUUUUUCUGACUGAAACUGAAACAGAAAAAGCAUUUUGGAUUUACUUACUUUAAGGACAAACAUGCAACUGAGGAUGAGGAGGAGGAGAAGGAGAAGGAGGAGGAGGAAAGGAGGAGGAGGAGGAGAAGAGAAAAAAACUCUGAACUUCAGGCAGAGGUAACCAGACAUGACAGAAGACUGAGCUUCAUCCUCCAGCUCCGUCUGCCCAAACAUCUCCUGUGUCGAUGAACGCUGCAUUACUGUCAACACACACACACGCACACGCACACACACACACACACGCACACACACACACACACACACACACACAUCAGAGUACAAGUGUCUUGGAUGAUUUGAGGAUACUGGCAGGAUUCAGAGCUGUAUAUAAUCCAGGACUGUCCCACCCAGUUCGCCCUGCCUGCAGCAGUCAUCUCUGUUACCAGCUGCUCUGCACACACACACACACACACACACACACACACACACACACAGAAACAAAGGCUGGUAGUUUUGUGGGGAUUUCCAGGAAUGUAAAGUGUUUUUAAUAAGAAGGAAACACAGGUACACCCCCCGGCUCCUCUGACAUUAAAACAACAACUUUGUUCUGAUCGACUUUAAUAUCAUUAGAUAAUAUGAUCAUGAAUAUAAUUAAUUAAUAUGAUCAUGAAUAUAAUUAAUUAAUAUGAUCAUAAAUAUAAUCACCUGAAAUCAAACAGGAGCUGUGACGCUGCGAUCAAACCGGAUCAUUUAAAGUCCAGAUUUAAAUAACACUUCAGGGUCUCCUUGGUCCUGGUUUUGGGGUCCUGAUGGUCCAAAUGGUUUCCAGUCAGGACUGCAUCAGUCCAGGUUCUCAGCAGGACUCUUCUCCUACAGAGCCAUGCUGUCGUCAGAAUCUGGUUCUGGAUGGACACAGAUGUUCCUCCUAAACCUGGAGAUGUUGUUUAAAACUGAGGAUGCAGCAUCUAUGAUCUUCAGUUCUAUGUUGAAAGGACAACUGGAGGAAUUUCCAUGCAGUGAUUUCCACUCCAGAGUCCAGUCUGUUUUUAACGCCCUGAAGAUCAGGACCAUCCAGUCCUGGUUCUGGUCCUUGUCUCCAGAUCCUCAUAUGAUGUUCUGUAGAUGAUUUGUAGUUGAUUCUGAAACUCACGCGGUCUCUGACAGAGAUGGUUGUCAUGGUAACCUGUUAUACGCCGCUCUCUGAAAGAAAGAAAAACCAGGAAACUGAGGAGGGGGUGUAAAAGGAGUGAAAGUGUGUGUGUGUGUGUGUGUGUGUGUGUGUGCGUGUGUGUGUGUGUGUGUGUCCACUGACAGGUGAUUUAGACUCGGGUCCCUCUGAUCACUUUAGCUGUCACUCUGUCCUCGCUGCAGCUGAUUGGUUAAAUGUUUUCAUUUGUGUAAACACAGUCUCGCUCUCUCUGCCCCUCUCUGUGGUAUUUGAUAUGUGACACCUGAAGGGGGUGGGUGGGGGGUAAAGUGUCCAGGACAGCCGUUAUGAGGACAUGUGUGUCUGGUUUUCAUUCGUGCUUUCACUAACUGUUUCUCUCUCUCCCCCUCCUCCCCUCUUCUCUCCACAGUUCCGGAGAUUUCUCUGCGAUUCACCUCUCGAGGUAUGUGUAUUUCCUUUGGCCCGCUGACAGUUUAAUAAAACCGUCUUUUCAUCCAUAUGUAUUACCCGUAAUGACUGACCCCGGCCCACUGAAGGUCGUCCUGCUGAAAUUACCGUCAUGGAGACGUGGAGGGUAAUGGUCUGAAAACGUAUUUCUGUAAAACUCUCAGAAGAGGAGAGAUGAUGUAGACCAGGUCUAACCCGACACCUCUGCUCCUGUCUGUGAGAGCUCCUCAGCUGGAUCAGGGGGGUCAAGGGGUCCAGGGAGGGAGCUUUGGGUUUUAUUUAGUUCUGGUCAAGGUUGUGUUCAGAUGACCGUGGUCCAGAUAGAUAAGAUAAAAAUAGAGAGUUAUAAAAGAGGAGUAAAGAUCGGCGGUGAAGUUAGUUUCAGGUUGGAUAUAUUUUCCUGUAAAUACGGCGGUGAAGUUAGUUUCAGGUUGGAUAUAUUUUCCUGUAAAUACGGCGGUGAAGUUAGUUUUAGGUUGGAUAUAUUUUCCUGUAAAUACGGCGGUGAAGUUAGUUUUAGGUUGGAUAUAUUUUCCUGUAAAUACGGCGGUGAAGUUAGUUUUAGGUUGGAUAUAUUUUCCUGUAAAUACGACGGUGAAGUUAGUUUCAGGUUGGAUAUAUUUUCCUGUUAAUACGGCGGUGAAGUUAGUUUCAGGUUGGAUAUAUUUUCCUGUAAAUACGUCGGUGAAGUUAGUUUUAGGUUGGAUAUAUUUUCCUGUAAAUACGGCGGUGAAGUUAGUUUCAGGUUGGAUAUAUUUUCCUGUAAAUAAGGCGGAAGUUAGUUUUAGGUUGAUAUAUUUUCAUUCUCUGUAGGAUCUACCGGAAGUUAGUUUUAGGUUGGAUCUCUUAAUACAGCGGUGAGUCCUGUUAAUACAGCGGUGAAGUUAGUUUCAGGUUGGAUAUAUUUUCCUGUAACCGGGAAUAACAACAGCAGCGCCUGUAAAUACGGUUAAAUCUGUAAAUACGGCGGUGACUUAGUUUCAGUUGAUAUCUGACGGACAUUCUCUGAGGAUCUACCAGUCUUCUCACCUCCAUCACUGUCAACCCUCACUGUCAACGUCGGUGUUGAAUAAGCGACCGUCAAUAAAUUACCGGUUGAUGUUCUCAGAAAAGGCUGUUUUCCUUCAAUAGCUUCACUGUCAUGUGACCAAAAGACCUCAAAUUGAUUUCUAAUAAUAGUACUUAGUACUUCCAGAAAUUGUAUAAUAGCACAUGUGCUCCUUGUGAGCAAAGUUAGUGUCAAACACUGAGUUAAAGGAAAGGCACUUGUCCUGUCCCAGGACCGAGGUCCAGGAGCUGAAGCGGCUGACACAGAGACACACAAACCCAGUGACUGUUCUGCCUGUGGCCCCUCAGGUCCGCUCUAAUGAACAUCAUUAGUGUUUAUAGGAAACAAGCUUUUAUCACCUCGUCAGGGCUCAGGGCCAGACUCACUGAAGUACUCAGACCUGAGCUCACAGACUCUCCGAUACCUCAGGUCCUCUCAGGGUUCGACACCUCCCUCCGUUAGUUUGGCCUCCUCUCAGUGAAGUUUAUUUCUCCUCCUGAUCUCCUUCUGUCUCCUCAGUUUUAAAGUUAUUCUGCAUGUCUCUCUCUCUCUCUCUCUGUCUUGCUCACUCUCUGUCUGUGCGUGUUUGUCGGCCUCCAUCUGUCUCCAAUCACAGAGCCAUUAAAACACACAGACACUCAGCACAUGGACCUGCAUACUGUGUGGUUCAUCAGCUCACAUGUUCGCCUGCGUUUAUACAAAUAUAUGCGAACAGAAGAAGCGCCGCUCCAACAACAGCCAAUUAGCAUGCAGCUCGUGUGACUUGUUUGUUUGCUGCUUCGCUCCAUUUGAAUAAAAUUCGUGCAGAAACUCGGAGGUAACGACCAUCAGCUGUCUCCUGUUCCUGUGUGUGUGUUUCCAAACACAGUCCCACACACACACACACACACACAAACAGUGACUCACAAACAUGUGGUGUGCGAUAAACAGCGGGAUAUCUGUCUCGGCGCACAUGUCGGACAGCGGUCCUGCAGGUGGUUGUCACUGUACUUGACCUUGUUGAGGUCAGAGUGGCAUGUGCAGCAGAGAGUGGGUUUUAUUGGGUGGGUGGGUUCAUGCACUCGCUUUACAGCCUGCUGAUGUUUCUAACCAGGAGGCAAACGCUCAUUAACAGGGGCGUCCACCAAUUAGUCACCCCGGUUUAACAGCUUACCCCCCUGUCCUCCUCUGAUUUCUCCUCUCCUCACUCUGAGAUGGAGAUUUCUGGGUGAGGAAACACACCUCAGCUGCACGACAACACAGUCAUGAAGCCCCUGCCGCUGUAUGAUCAGCUGAUUGACAGUUUCUGACAUGACGAAGCAGGAAAAGGCUUUCAGCGAAAAAAAAACAGUU